ACAUAACCAAAACCACCAGAUAUUAUUAUAACUCAAAACAAAUCUCUUCUAACAAUUAUUUUCAAAGCAGCAACAGAAAAAAAUGGCUCAAGCAGUGACUUCGAUGGCUGGUUUACGUGGUGCAUCUCAGGCUGUUCUUGAAGGAAGUUUCCAGAACAAUGGCUCAAACCGUUUGAACAUCUCCAGAGCCACGGUCCGGUCUCAGAGAACCGGGCUUGUGAUCAGGGCUCAGCAGAACGAGUCAUUACCGGAAAGCAGUCGCCGGUCUGUGAUUGGGCUCGUUGCGGCUGGUUUAGUCGGUGGUUCGUUUGUUAAGUCUGCCUUCGCCACCGAAGCUCUUGCUAUCAAAGUUGGUCCUCCUCCACCUCCUUCCGGUGGUCUACCUGGAACCGAUAACUCAGACCAAGCAAGAGACUUUUCACUGAAACUGAAAGACAGGUUUUACUUACAGCCAUUGUCACCAACAGAAGCUGCAGCUAGGGCCAAAGAGUCUGCUAAAGAGAUCAUUAACGUUAAGUCUUUGAUCGACAAAAAAGCGUGGCCUUACGUUCAGAAUGAUCUCCGUUUAAGAGCAUCGUACCUCCGUUACGAUCUUAACACCGUUAUCUCCGCUAAGCCUAAGGAAGAGAAACAGAGCCUCAAAGAACUCACCGGCAAACUCUUCCAAACCAUCGACAACCUGGACUAUGCGGCGAGGUCAAAGAGCAGCCCGGAUGCUGAGAAGUAUUACUCAGAGACUGUCUCGAGUUUGAACAAUGUUCUUGCCAAGAUUGGUUAAGGAAGAAAGAUCUGCUCUUUAAUGUAUUGUUGUUGGUAUUACUAUCCAAGUACUAUUGUCUUUCUCCUCCUCUUUCUUUCUGAUCAAAUCGGUUAUAUUUAAUUUCAGUUUCAAGUUUU